UCGGAAACGUGUCAUUUGUAACCUUAGUAAUGGACAGUCUGUCAAUAUGGCGUUGAAAGAACUGAUUAGACAGAAGAUUAUGAAUGAGGUGAUUAAAAAUAAGAGAAAGCCAGGGCAAGGCAUGGAAUGGCGUGUGUUGGUGGUGGAUCAGUUGGCCAUGAGGAUGGUAUCAGCCUGCUGCAAGAUGCAUGACAUUUCUGCUGAGGGUGUCACAAUAGUUGAAGACAUCCGUAAAAAGAGAGAACCUCUCUCAACAAUGGAAGCAGUAUACCUCAUCUCUCCGUGUGAGAGUUCAGUUCAGGCACUUAUGGCUGAUUUUGCCAGCUCUAACCAUUCUAUGUACAAGGCAGCCCAUGUCUAUUUUACAGAAGCAUGUCCUGAUGAAGUAUUUAACCAGCUGUGCCAAUCUUCUGCUGCCAAGUAUAUUAAAACUUUGAAGGAAAUUAACAUUGCCUUUAUACCAUAUGAAGCACAGGUUUUCUCACUGGACUCACCCAAUACAUUUCAGUGCUUCUACAAUCCGAUGUUUACUGGUAGUCGUACUGCCAACAUGGAACGCAUGGCUGAACAGAUAGCCACACUGUGUGCCACUCUUGGGGAGUAUCCCUCUGUGAGAUAUCGCUCUGACUUUGAUAAGAAUGUAGAAUUGGCACAGCUGGUGCAGCAGAAGUUGGAUGCAUAUAAAGCUGAUGAACCUACGAUGGGUGAAGGUCCUGAGAAGGCUCGGUCACAACUGAUUAUUUUAGACAGAGGUUUUGAUUGUGUCUCACCAUUGCUUCAUGAACUGACACUACAAGCAAUGGCUUAUGACUUAUUGCCUAUUGAGAAUGAUGUGUACAAGUAUGAAGCUACAGCUGGUGCUCCAGAGAAGGAAGUGCUUCUGGAUGAGAAUGAUGAGUUGUGGGUUGAAAUGAGACACCAGCAUAUUGCAGUAGUGUCACAGAACGUAACAAAGAAUUUAAAAAAAUUCAUCGAGUCAAAACAUAUGCCACAAGGAGACAAGCAGUCAAUGCGUGAUUUGUCACAGAUGAUUAAGAAGAUGCCACAGUAUCAGAAGGAGCUGAGGAAGUACUCCACUCAUCUCCACUUAGCUGAAGAUUGUUUGAAGGCAUUUCAGGGCUAUGUGGACAAACUCUGCAAAGUUGAGCAGGACUUGGCUAUGGGCACAGAUGCAGAAGGGGAAAGAAUCAAGGAUCACAUGCGAAACAUUGUACCGAUCUUGCUGGAUCAAGGGGUAUCUUCGACAGAUAAGAUGCGCAUUAUUGCACUGUACAUCAUCUCAAAGAAUGGCAUCAGUGAUGAAAAUCUCACAAAGCUAGUCCAGCAUGCGCAGAUUUCUCCAGAGGACAGACAUACGAUCAUCAACAUGGCUAAUCUAGGACUCAAUGUUGUCAUUGAUGGCAAUCGAAAGAAGAUAUACCAAAUAGCACGUAAGGAACGUAUCACAGAGCAGACUUACCAGAUGUCUCGAUGGACUCCUGUCAUCAAGGACAUUAUGGAGGACUGUAUUGAAGAUAAGCUUGACCUUAAGCAUUUUCCCUUCCUUGCUGGGCGUGCAGCAUCAUCUGGCUACCAUGCACCUACAAGUGCACGGUAUGGACAUUGGCAUAAGGAUAAAGGGCAACAAACUGUGAAGAAUGUUCCUCGUAUAAUUGUGUUUGUUGUUGGAGGAGUGUGCUUUUCUGAGAUCCGCUGUGCUUAUGAGGUGACUCAAGCUGUAAAGAACUGGGAAGUUAUUUGUGGUUCGUCAAAUAUUCUUACGCCAGAAGAUUUCCUAAGCGAUCUACAGAAGUUAAGUAGCCAGUAAGUUACUGAGCAGUCUUACCGUCCCCCUCAGUGAAGCUUCUAGCCACACUGGUUGGUCGCUACUCUUUACCUUCCUUCCUUUCUCGUCAUUCUCGCCGCUGCCGUCGUUGGUCGUGGAGCUUGCAGCUAGGUCGGCUUUAUCUGGCUCCACCGCUUCUCCAACUCCACCACUUCUCUUCACUAUGGAAAAGGGUAUCAGGUCCGGGACUUGGCCUGAUUUGUCUGUGGGUACAGCUGCAAAGUGAAGGGAAAAGGUGGACAGGGUGGGAGCUGAUGGUGAUCGGGCUAGUCGUGGUUGGCGUGAGACUCUGGCUCAGGUCGUUUAGGGCCUUACUCUGACGAGGAGAAAAGAA